AGCAUUUGUUCUAGUAGUUGGACUCAUCAGCAAAGAUUAAUGGGUUUUUAAGAGUGGUUUAUAUAGGAUUGGUUUUAGGAGUAAUGCCCAGAGUAAUCCUAUUAAAAAUCUUGGAAUACGCCCUAGCAAUCUUCACCAAGUUUUUAUUCUUUGUAAUUAAAGAGAGAAGUAGGCAGCUCUGCACGACCUGAACCAAAUCGAAGCUUGACCCAUUACCGCACAAAAAACGAAGAGGUGGGCCUCAUGCGUGCCAAGGACGACAUUUGGGGAAGGUGACAUGGCCCGACCCAUGGCACGGAUAAGGCCUGCUGCCUGGCUCGUGGGAUGGCCCAUUGUAGAACAAUCCAAAGCACAAAGUUUUGAGAAAUCUAAAGCUUUUUCAUUCAAUUCAAAUGGUGGAACGCCUAUAUUGAUGCUUUAGCAUUAUCAGUGAAAGAAAAGCCGAACAAAAUCCUCACCGUCUUGAAAGUAGCAAAUAAGCUUGACUAUGAUACACAAUUUCCUUUCAAUAAAUUGAUUUCUCUUUAACAAGGGGCAGCACACCUACUGAGGUAUGACAUAAUUAGCCCAUGUCUUCUCCUCCUUCCCUCUACACCUUCUCUAUGUUAGCAUAUAUAAUACGCCCCACAUGAAAUUUUGAUGCUACUAUAGUUAUAUAUGAGUAUAAAGUGUUGUUGAAAUUUUGAGUUGAUGCAGUGUAUUUGAUGUACAGUUUACCGCAUAUUUUCAUCUACUUGUAUUUUUUCCUGUUUGCUGGAGAUGGUUGAGCCUGUGCUGAAGGCGUCUCAUUCUUUUUUGUUUUGUUUAUGGACUUUGAUGCCAAUACUUUUUUCCUGUCAGAUGACAUGUCGUUAACUGCUAUUUUGGGGUGAUGAAUCUAUGUCGUCCACACAAAAUUAUUGUUGACAUGAUCUUUUCUUGGUUCGAAUUCUGUAUAAUGUGAGUAAAGUCAAAGUAAGUGGUUUACAAUGCAAUGGAGCAUUGAAUCUAAUUCCUCUGUUCUGAUAUACUUGCUACUGAUAUUGACAUGUUCAGUGGAGAAAUGUCACCAUCAGUAACAAGUAUAAUGGAACAGAGGAAGUACUAUUUAGUUGCAUGCUAGGCUUUAAAUGUGUUUGGAUGUGUAUAAGCAAUCUCUAAAGCUACCUCUCUUUUUUAAUAGCUACACUUCUUCUUUUUAUGUGAGAUUUUUGAGGGAAGUGUAGCUAUUAAAAAAAUUGGAGGAAACUGUCCAAAACUGAACUCCAUUUUGGAUCGUUUGCCCCUCAAUUUUGUGUUCUAAUGUUUUUUCCCGUGAAGUUUGCUUCAACUUUCUUUUUUUAUUCCAUAUCUUCCAUUUUAUUGCUUAUAUUUGUUUAAUUAUUUAGUUUCUCUAAUGAAAGGACUUAGGGUUUUUCUUUUUUUUUUUUCUUUUGUCGGUUGCUUGUUCGACAUCUAGAACAUAAUGCAUAAACAAGGCCACAUCGUGUCAUAUCUACCGUAUCUUAAUGGUUUUCAAAUUUACUGAACCGGUAUUACUCGCAUCGUGAAGGUGUAAAAAACCGCAUUUUAGGCCGUUCUAAACGAUAUUUCAUGGUUUAGGCCGAUAUUUGGCGGUAUGGAAAAUGCAUCAUCCCCAUUGCCGCAUCACAGUGUUCGUAACUACGACGACUGUUACCGCAUUUUUGCACUAUGAUCUAGAAUCACAUUAUGUGCUGAGUUUGUUAUAUAAAUCUAUGAAGAGUUUGUGUUAACUAUCAUAUUCUUUGAGGACAAGACAAUUGGAGAAGCAAAAGAGAUGAACAUGAGGGUUCUUUCCUUAUUAUUCUUUCGCCGUGUUAAUUUCUUUUGAUCUCAACAAAAGAUGAAUGCUUUGAUUAAGUACGACAACCACAUCAUACCGCUACUGCAUUACCUGUGUCCGUUAUCACAUUUUUGCACUAUGAUUAGAAGUCAUAAUUGCUUUAUAAUCAGCUUGGUGGUUAGUGCAUUUCAGUUUUGGGCACAUAAGGUUUUCUAGUUAUCACAUUGUGGAUGUGUUAAGUGGUGAAGGGACAAUUGAGGUGUUGAUAUAUUAUAUAUAUACUUCAUCCGUAUCAAAAUACAUCCAUAUUUUUGACCAUUUUUCACAGCUUUGCUAAUAGAUUUUGACAUAUAUCACAUGCUGAUAUUUGUAAUUCAGGUGGUACUUGAAGAGUUCAGAGGAGCUGACUGAUCAACCAGAUCAUACACUUAUGAAGGGCCUCCAUAACAAGAUUUGUCUUUCGGUUAAGAACUAAUACAAAAAUUAUGAUCGUAAAGCUCUCACAUUAUUCAUGAUAUAAAUCUAGAGAAGGUCAGUACUUAAACUCUUUCUUUGUCUCGCUUGCUUUCUUUCGAUCAAUUGUUUGUUGGUCUAGUUUGGCGAAAUGCAAAAGGCCAAUCUUUAAAGUGAUUCAACCUUUCUACAAUUAUUCAUAAGAUAUGCCUCAUAGAUUAAGGAGAACUAAGAAAGUUGGUGCAAACUAGAGCGGGCCUGAUAAAAGCCUAUGACCCGACCCGUUAAAAAGGGUCAAGCCCGUUAAAUCUUUAAAAGGGUUGGGUUAUUAACGGGUCGACCUUUUUUAUUAUCAAGUAGUAUCAAGUAAUGGACAAACCAUUUCUUUUAUCUUGUCAGCUCCUGCUCUGUCCAUCUGGAAGCUUUUAUCUUUGCCAGGUGCAAACUUGUGGGUUUUCCCUCUUACAUGUGUGCUUCUUUCUCCCCUUCAUUAUUAUUCUGUAUAAACCAGUAAAAUCACUAAAAUUUAUCAGUAAAAUCAAAGGAAAAAUGGCACAAAUCUGUGAUCAAAUUGAAGAAACUAUAGAAGAAUUGCAAAACUUUUCCUUAACCAAAAUAAAAAUCAUCAAAGUACCUCAUUUAAAGGAUUACUUACCAUCCUCCCAGUUGAAAACAGUUACAAAUCCAUUAGCAAGAAACCCAUUUUAUCACCCUCCUCAAUCCUUCUACAUUUCUCCUUCUUCUGAUAUCAUUCUCAAACAUGUUUUGUAUGAUCUUUCUGUUGCUGAUAACCAUGGCUUUGCUUUCGCCUACCAUCGUUCUGGCCCUCAAAAGCUCGUUUAUUUCGAUCCCGAAACUGUUAAGGCUGCAAUUGUCACCUGUGGGGGCCUUUGCCCCGGCCUCAACACUGUUUUGCGAGAGCUUGUUAUCGGCCUUUCCAACCUGUAUGGAGUUCGUCAAGUGUUUGGGAUCCGUUCGGGUUAUAGAGGGUUUUACUCAUGUGAACCUGUGUUGCUUAGCCCAAAUAUGGUACAUAAUUGGCAUAAGCGUGGUGGGACGGUCUUAGAAACUUCUAGAGGCGGGUUUGACCUUAAGAAGAUUGUAGAUGCGAUUCAUCUUCAUGGGUUUAACCAAGUUUAUAUCAUUGGCGGAGAUGGAACCAUGCGUGGGGCAGUUGAAAUAUAUGAUGAGAUUCGCUGUCGAAAACUCAAUGUUUCGGUUGUAGGAAUACCGAAAACUGUUGAUAAUGAUGUUGGGAUCAUAGACCAAUCGUUCGGGUUCCAAACAGCUGUAGAGAUCGCUCAGGAAGCGAUCAAUGCAGCUCAUGUGGAAGCCGAAAGUGCAGUGAACGGAAUUGGAUUAGUAAAGCUAAUGGGACGUAGCACAGGCCACAUCGCGCUGCAUGCAACCUUAAGCAGUCGUGAUGUGGACUGUUGCCUGAUCCCGGAAAACGAUUUUUACCUUGAAGGAAAAGGGGGGCUAUUCGAGUUUUUAGAGCGACGUUUGAGGGAAAACGACCACGCUGUAGUGGUUGUGGCUGAAGGUGCAGGACAAGACUUGAUACCGAGAAACGACGAGCAGCAGCAGCACGACGAGUCAGGGAACCCCAUGUUCUUAGAUGUAGGGUUGUGGUUGAAAACGGAGCUAAAUAAAUGGUGGAAGAGAGAACACGAAAACGAGUUGUUUUCUGUGAAGUACAUCGAUCCAACAUAUAUGAUACGAGCAGUUCCUGCGAAUGCAACUGAUAAUUUGUACUGCACAUUGUUAGCUUAUUCCGCGAUUCAUGGAGUAAUGGCCGGUUAUACAGGAUUUGUUGCAGGGAAAGUGAACGGAAAUUAUGCGUAUAUUCCAGUGAAGGACGUGGCUGAGGCUAGGAAUGUGGUGGAUACUAAGGAUCAUAAGUGGGCUUGGGUUAGGUCUGUUACUAAUCAACCAGAUUUUCAAAGGACUACUUCAAUGUAGUAUAUUGGGCAACACUACAUUAGCUUUAUCUAUGUUAGUAUGUUACACAUUAAAAAAAUAAUGUUACAAAUUUUAUGUACAUGUUUUUACAUCUCAACAUGCUUGCCUAAGUCGCUCGUCACGAUGAGACUGUCUCUCUGUGAAAGGUUAAAUAACCUCACUAAUACAAUUAUUAGCAUAUAGAUUCUUUGUGUUAAAAUCGUUUUAUCGAGAGACAGUCUCUCACAAGAGUAGUGAGAAGUGCCAAUCGUGGGCAAACACCAAUCCCAAGCUCAAGGAGUACAUAGCAAAUUCUCCUCAACAUAAAAUGCCUCAUUAUUAAAAAACACAUCAAAUCAUAACAAAUGUUUUUUUACUAAAAUUACAUCAUCAACCUACCUUAUACAUGAAAAUCUUAGCCUUUUUAUAUGCAUACUUCAAAUAUUUUCUAAAUCUAAUUAAAUUCAAUCUAACAUUUUGCUGCUUCAAAUAAACCUUUUUCAAAAAU